AUGGAGUAUGCCGUAAUCUUAAUUGCGACUGGGAAAUUGUUCUUCGCCUACCUUUUAAGUCAAGGAAAAUCACAACAAACGACCGGAAUAGCAGGUAAGGGCUCUUCCCCAAUUCAGACCUCUCGGUGGGAUAAUCUGGACCCUGGCGACGAGCGGCUGGCGUAUCUGAAAGAGCUGGGAAUGCUCUUCAGCUAUUGGAACCAUCCCAAGGUGUGGCAGUCGUUCUGUGACAGCUACAAUGGGAUGCGCGACGUGCUGCUUCAGUUUGACAACUGGUACACUGCCAACUGGGGGCCGAGCGAUCUAGUUGGGGAGUGGAAGAAGUUCAACCAGCUCGAACUGAAGUGGAUUGUCGAGAAAGGGAAGGCAUCGGCGCAAUAUCUCAAGGAGAGUUGUAAGCCGGUGGCGGGCUUCUGGGGGUGGGGGUGGACGCUCAAAUGGCAGGGACUGUUCACCUAUUUCCUGGGGAACCUCCUGUAUCAGUUUGGCAUAAUCAAGCUGGAUCAGACCUGCGUGAAUCUCCAGUAG